AUGCGCAGAAACGGCUGCGCAGAAACGGCUGCGCAGAAACGGCUGCGCAGAAACGGCUGCGCAGAAACAGCUGCGCAGAAACAGCUGCGCAGAAACAGCUGCGCAGAAACAGCUGCGCAGAUACAGCUGCGCAGAUACAGCUGCGCAGAAACAGCUGCGCAGAAACAGCUGCGCAGAUACAGCUGCGCAGAAACAGCUGCGCAGAAACAGCUGCGCAGAAACAGCUGCGCAGAAACAGCUGCGCAGGAACAGCUGCGCAGAAACAUCUGCGCAGAAACAGCUGCGCAGAAACAGCUGCGCAGGAACAGCUGCGCAGAAACAGCUGCGCAGGAACAGCUGCGCAGAAACAGCUGCGCAGAAACAGCUGCGCAGGAACAGAUGCACAGGAACAGAUGCGCAGGAACAGCUGCGCAGAAACAGCUGCGCAGGAACAGCUGCGCAGGAACAGCUGCGCAGAAACAGCUGCGCAGAAACAGCUGCGCAGAAACAGCUGCGCAGAAACAGCUGCGCAGAAACAGCGGCGCAGAAACAGCGGCGCAGAAACACUCUAUAGCCUCCGGUUACAGGAGCAAGCGGCUGCGCAGAAGCGGCUGCGCAGAAGCGGCUGCGCAGAAGCGGCUGCGCAGAAACAGCUGCGCAGGAACGGCUGCGCAGGAACGGCUGCGCAGGAAUGGCUGCGCAGGAACGGCUGCGCAGGAACGGCUGCGCAGGAACGGCUGCGCAGAAACGGCUGCGCAGAAGCGGCUGCGCAGAGGCGGCUGCGGAGAGGCGGCUGCGCAGAGGCGGCUGCGCAGAGGCGGCUGCGCAGAGGCGGCUGCGCAGAAGCGGCUGCGCAGAAGCGGCUGCGCGGAAGCGGCUGCGCGGAAGCGGCUGCGCGGAAGCGGCUGCGAGGAAGCGGCUGCGCGGAAGCGGCUGCGCGGAAGCGGCUGCGCGGAAGCGGCUGCGCGGAAGCGGCUGCGCGGAAGCGGCUGCGCGGAAACGGCUGCGCGGAAGCGGCUGCGCGGAAGCGGCUGCGCGGAAGCGGCUGCGCGGAAGCGGCUGCGCAGAAGCGGCUGCGCAGACGCGGCUGCGCAGAAGCGGCUGCGCAGAAACGGCUGCGCAGAAACGGCUGCGCAGAAACGGCUGCGCAGAAACGGCUGCGCAGAAACGGCUGCGCAGAAACAGCUGCGCAGAAACAGCUGCGCAGAAGCAGCUGCGCAGAAGCAGCUGCGCAGAAGCAGCUGCGCAGAAGCAGCUGCGCAGAAGCAGCUGCGCAGAAACAGCUGCGCAGAUACAGCUGCGCAGAUACAGCUGCGCAGAAACAGCUGCGCAGAAACAGCUGCGCAGAUACAGCUGCGCAGGAACAGCUGCGCAGGAACAGCUGCGCAGGAACAGCUGUGCAGGAACAGCUGCGCAGAAACAGCUGCGCAGGAACAGCUGCGCAGGAACAGCUGCGCAGAAACAGCUGGGCAGGAACAGCUGCGCAGAAACAGCUGCGCAGGAACAGCUGCGCAGAAACAGCUGCGCAGAAACAGCUGCGCAGAAACAGCUGCGCAGGAACAGCUGCGCAGGAACAGCUGCGCAGGAACAGCUGCGCAGAAACAGCUGCGCAGAAACAGCUGCGCAGAAACAGCUGCGCAGAAACAGCUGCGCAGAAACAGCUGCGCAGAGACAGCUGCGCAGAAACAGCUGCGCAGAGACAGCUGCGCAGAAACAGCUGCGCAGAAACAGCUGCGCAGAAACAGCUGCGCAGAAACAGCUGCGCAGAAACAGCUGCGCAGAAACAGCUGCGCAGAAACAGCUGCGCAGAAACAGCUGCGCAGAAACAGCGGCGCAGAAACAGCGGCGCAGAAACACUCUAUAGACUCCGGUUACAGGAGCGUACCUCCAUGUUCAAUGUUUUUUGGGCAGUUGAACAUUGAAGUCUCAUCAGAAAAUCAGAAACAGCUGCGCGGAGACGGCUGCGCAGAAGCGGCUGCGCAGAAGCGGCUGCGCAGAAGCGGCUGCGCGGAAACGGCUGCGCGGAAACGGCUGCGCGGAAACGGCUGCGCGGAAACAGCUGCGCGGGAACAGGUGCGCGGGAACAGCUGCCCGGGAACAGCUGCGCAGGAACAGCUGCACAGGAACAGAUGCGCAGGAACAGGUGCGCAAAAACAGGUGCGCAGGAACAGGUGCGCAGGAACAGCUGCGCAGGAACAGCUGCGCAGAAACAGCUGCGCAGAAACAGCUGCGCAGAAACAGCCGCGCAGAAACAGCCUCGCAGAAACAGCCGCGCAGAAACAGCCGCGCAGGAACAGCCGCGCAGGAACAGCUGCGCAGGAACAGCUGCGCAGAAACAGCUGCGCAGGAACAGCUGCGCAGGAACAGCUGCGCAGAAACAGCUGCGCAGAAACAGCUGCACAGGAACAGCUGCGCAGGAACAGCUGCGCAGAAACAGCUGCGCAGAAACAGCUGCGCAGGAACAGCUGCGCAGGAACAGCUGCGCAGAAACAGCUGCGCAGAAAAAGCUGCGCAGAAACAGCUGCGCAGAAACAGCUGCGCAGAAACAGCUGCGCAGAAACAGCUGCGCAGGAACAGCUGCGCAGAAACAGCUGCGCAGAAACAGCUGCGCAGGAACAGCUGCGCAGGAACAGCUGCGCAGGAACAGCUGCGCAGAAACAGCUGCGCAGGAACAGCUGCGCAGGAACAGCUGCGCAGAAACAGCUGCGCAGAAACAGCUGCGCAGAAACAGCUGCGCAGAAACAGCUGCGCAGAAACAGCUGCGCAGAAACAGCUGCGCAGAAACAGCGGCGCAGAAACAGCGGCGCAGAAACAGCGGCGCAGAAACACUCUAUAGCCUCCGGUUACAGGAGCCGGCUGCGCAGAAGCGGCUGCGCUGAAGCGGCUGCGCAGAAGCGGCUGCGCAGAAGCGGCUGCGCAGAAGCGGCUGCGCAGAAGCGGCUGCGCAGAAGCGGCUGCGCAGAAGCGGCUGCGCAGAAACGGCUGCGCAGAAACGGCUGCGCAGAAACGGCUGCGCAGAAACGGCUGCGCAGAAACGGCUGCGCAGAAACGGCUGCGCAGAAGCGGCUGCUCAGAAGCGGCUGCUCAGAAGCAGCUGCGCAGAAGCAGCUGCGCAGAAGCGGCUGCGCAGAAACGGCUGCGCAGAAACGGCUGCGCAGAAACGGCUGCGCAGAAACGGCUGCGCAGAAACGGCUGCGCAGAAACGGCUGCGCAGAAACGGCUGCGCAGAUACGGCUGCGCAGAAACGGCUGCGCAGAUACGGCUGCGCAGAAACGGCUGCGCAGAAACGGCUGCGCAGAAACGGCUGCGCAGAAACGGCUGCGCAGGAACGGCUGCGCAGGAACGGCUGCGCAGAAACGGCUGCGCAGAAACGGCUGCGCAGAAACGGCUGCGCAGAAACGGCUGCGCAGAAACGGCUGCGCAGAAACGGCAGCGCAGAAACGGCUGCGCAGAAACGGCUGCGCAGAAGCGGCUGCGCAGAAGCAGCUGCGCAGAAGCAGCUGCGCAGAAGCAGCUGCGCAGAAGCAGCUGCGCAGAAGCAGCUGCGCAGAAACAGCUGCGCAGAAACAGCUGCGCAGAUACAGCUGCGCAGAUAAAGCUGCGCAGAAACAGCUGCGCAGAAACAGCUGCGCAGAAACAGCUGCGCUGAUACGGCUGCGCAGAAACGGCUGCGCAGAAGCGGCUGCGCAGAAGCGGCUGCGCAGAAGCGGCUGCGCAGAAGCGGCUGCGCAGAAGCGGCUGCGCAGAAGCGGCUGCGCAGAAGCGGCUGCGCAGAAGCGGCUGCGGAGAAGCGGCUGCGCAGAAGCGGCUGCGCAGAUACGGCUGCGCAGAUACGGCUGCGCAGAAACGGCUGCGCAGAAACGGCUGCGCAGAAACGGCUGCGCAGAAACGGCUGCGCAGUAA